GCCGGUUGACUGAAGAUGGCCUCGCCGACACCAUCGCUGGAAUCGCGCGCGAAUUCCCUCGGUUCCCUGGCCUCGCUGUCGCCUCUGACGGUGAGCGGCAGCUCGCCGCCGGCAUCUGACUCGGCGAUCUGCGACGUCGACAGCUGCGACCUGUGCCUCGACACGCCCAGUAAACCCGGCGACGCGCCUUGCCCGCGCUGCCGCGGCAGCAGCUCCUCGUCCACCUCGUCCAGCUCGUCCAACAAUCAAACCAUCACAAACAACAACCUCAACAGCCAGCUGACCAACGGCGUGCAGCAGCAGCCAGCCACCACCGCCACGGGCGGCGUGCGCUGUACCGGCUGCAAGAGCACCGAGUCCGACGCGGUCGCGCGUUGCUUCGACUGCGCCAACUUCCUCUGUCCCAACUGCGUGAUGGCGCAUCAGUUCAUGCAUUGCUUCGAGGGCCACCGCGUGCUCACCCUCGACUCCAAGCUCAGCUCGGCGGCCAACGGCGCUGAAGGCGGCCCCGCGAGCAACGGCGCCGGCGGCGGCGGUGGCGGCGGCGGCGGCGGCGGCGGCGGCGGCAACAACGGUCCAAGCAGCAACGGUCUCGACAAGCCAGCGGUCAGCCCGCCCGUCGGCCAGACCAACGGCAGCGCCAACAACGUGGUGCAAAGCCUCGUGCAAGGCCAGAACUCGCUGCUCAUCAACGGCAGCAGCAACGGCGAAAAGGUGCUGUUCUGUCCCCGGCACAAGACCGAGCUGCUCAAGUACUACUGCCGCAGCUGCAGCGUGCCCGUCUGCAAGGAGUGUACGCUGUCGGAGCACCCGAGCCCGCUGCACGAGUGCGCGCACAUCAGCGAGGUGGGGCCGCAGCAGCUUGAGGCGGUGUCACGCGCGAUCGCCGAGUGCCGGGCCAAGUCCGGCGACAUCCGCGCGGCCGUCAAGUCGGCCGACCACGGAGCCGCGCGCCUCCAAGUGCAGUAUCACAAGGCGCAGAACGAGAUCAACGACACCUUCCAGUUCUACCGCUCGAUGCUUGAGGAGCGCAAGCAGGAGCUGCUCAAGGAGCUCGAAUCCAUCUUCUCGGCCAAGCAGAUUUCGCUGGGCGUGGCUACGCAGAAGGCCACCGAGAUGGCCGACAAGAUCCAGCAGACCUGUGACUUCGUUGAGAGGCUCACCAAGCACACCACCGUCACCGAGGUGCUCAUGGUCAAGAAGCUGCUCGACUCCAAGCUGCAGCUCAUGCUCAGCUACUCGCCCGACCUCAGUGGCCAGUCGACCACCGACCUCGAGUUCGUCAGCAACUAUCAGGCCAUCCAGGUGGGCGUGCGCAACACCUUCGGCUACGUGCGCAGCAGCAACAGCAGUAGCGACGGUAGCGUCGGCCCUAGCAAGCAGCCACCCAUCGCUCGACCCACGGCCAUCGGCAGCACCAACGGCGCCGUUAGCAGUGCCACCAGCAGCGGCCCCGGCAGCGCCGGCUCCCUCGGUGGUUUAUUGCUCGAUCGACCCUAUAGCAACGGUCUAACCAGUUGCCCGAGCACCUCACCUUCGCCCUUCGAGAGCACCGGCAGCGUAAUCUCCAAGAGAUUCUCUAGCGCCAACAGUCUGGGCCCGUUCAGCACCACCAUCAGCGAUCUCAACCUCAACGGCAUGAACAACCCAUAUGAAAAGUGGAGCAACGGCGGCUCGGAUCCCUACCCGGUGGGUGUAAGCAGCGCCGACCACUUCCCCCUGCCGGCGGUCGCCGCCGCCACCGCCGCUCCCGACUCGGUGCUCGACCUAACCUCCAAGCUUAUGCCCACCGCCGCCAUGUUCCCGCUCAAGUCGCAGAUCAAGCGCCAGAAGAUGAUCUACCACUGCAAAUUCGGCGAGUUUGGCGUGAUGGAGGGCCAGUUCACCGAGCCGUCCGGGGUCGCGGUUAAUGCGCAGAACGACAUCAUCGUGGCCGACACGAACAAUCACAGGAUUCAGAUCUUCGACAAAGAGGGCCGCUUCAAGUUCCAGUUCGGCGAGUGCGGUAAACGUGACGGCCAGCUGCUCUAUCCCAAUCGCGUGGCUGUGGUGCGCACCUCGGGCGACAUCAUCGUCACGGAGCGCUCACCGACCCACCAGAUCCAGAUUUACAACCAGUACGGCCAAUUUGUGCGCAAGUUCGGCGCCAACAUCCUGCAACACCCGCGCGGCGUGACGGUCGACUCCAAGGGCCGCAUCGUCGUGGUCGAGUGCAAGGUAAUGAGGGUGAUCAUCUUCGACCAGGCUGGCAACGUGCUGCAGAAAUUCGGCUGCUCCAAGCAUCUCGAGUUCCCCAACGGCGUAGUGGUCAACGACAAGCAGGAGAUCUUCAUCAGCGACAAUCGCGCGCACUGCGUUAAGGUAUUCAAUUACGAAGGUGCUUACCUGCGCCAAAUCGGCGGCGAGGGUGUGACCAAUUAUCCGAUCGGCGUGGGCAUCAAUGCCGCGGGUGAGAUCCUCAUCGCCGACAAUCACAACAACUUCAACCUGACGAUCUUCACGCAAGACGGCCAAUUGGUGUCGGCCCUCGAGUCUAAAGUGAAGCACGCCCAGUGCUUCGAUGUCGCUCUCAUGGACGACGGCAGCGUGGUGCUUGCUAGCAAGGACUACCGACUUUACAUCUACCGCUACGUGCAGGUGCCGCCGAUCGGCAUAUAGAGCCAGAGCCGCGUGCAGCGACAACGAUGACGCUGAUGAGAUUGCAAGUCUCGUUUCUUUGCGGCCUCAACUUACUAGGCCAUUCAGCCACUUUUUGCUUUUCUUCUUUUUUAUUACUUCUAUAUCCUCGAUUUACGAUCUUUCGUGUAUUACUGUCAUAAGUGUGUUAAUAAUUUGCCAAUGCUCUUGUGCUCCCUUCGCUUACCUUACUCUCUUUCUCGCUGUCUCUCCCGCAACCAUUUCUCUCUUUUCGAUUGAAAUCUGGAGUCGAUUAUAGACAUUGCUAAUUUAGCUGGGGGAUCAAGUGAGAGAGGGGAAGGUCAGUGGGAUUACAAAGGUGGCCAUAAGACGAAAUGACCGAAGUAAUAGGAAAGCGUGUGCGAGCAUUGAGGAGAGGAAUUCCUUAAUUUCAUUUAUUUUGUAUUUUUUCAAUAAUGAACUUUUGAAGCGAGAAUUGGAUUUUUCGAGGGACGGACAAAAGAGAUGAAGAUGAUACGGAGACGCGCGACAAAACUUACUUGUUAAUGUUGUUAUAAACUGAAAAUACUGUUGUUGUUGUUUAGUUGUAGAGCUCGCCGCCGCUAGUCACUUUCCCCCCUUUGUACCUUUCUCCCUUCCAUGUAUUAUCGUCAUUUCACAUCCCUUUAAACAAAUGCAUUCAUCCUUUCGGAAUCUCUAUCCUUGUUAACUUAUAAUCUCUCCUUUUUCCAGUGAAUUGUGUUUUCUUUUUUAUAUACUUUGAGCGUUUUAUUUUAUUUUAUUUUUUUUUUUUUUUUACGUUCUAUUGACAACUUGGCUUUGUACUCGAGGCACGUUCGAUUCUCGAAAAAAAGAUUGAAAAAGCACACAGGAAAGAUUUAUGAUUGCGUAAUUGCGAGAUUCCAAUGAUAUAAUGUGAAUGAGAGGGGGAGAGAGAGAGAGUUAUGGAAUGAGUGAGGCAAUUGCGCAGCUGAUUAUAUUGAUUUUGUUAAUAUAUUUUUUUUAUUGAUUCCAAUUCUCUUGCCUCGAUUGAUGUUAACACAUGCGCGCGCGAAAAAUUCGCACACACGUACAAAUAUACAAAAACAUGUAGAUUUCCGAGCCGUCACGAAAGCUCAUGAGAGUAUCGAAAAUCGGAAGAAAAACAAAAAGUGACACGGUGAUCGAGUAUAGGCUCCUUCGAUGCAUUUUGCUAAUAACAAUCGUCGUUAAGUAUCAAGCCUUUCUCCCACCCCGACCCUCUUGUAAUUACGAUCACUCGUACUAAUAACCAUUAUCAUCAUUUUUUUUAUUAUUAUCUUAUUACAUUUUUAUGAUUAUUAAUAUUAUUGCUACUUUUUAUCGUACGACAUAGGUAGUGCUUUUUUUCUUUGCGUACGCUCGCAUUUAAUAAUUAUUAGUUAGUUUGUACUCUAUUACUUAGUCAAUAAUCGACGAUCGCCAAUUUGAGAGCGGAUAAGAGAUUGCGUGUUGAACUACUCGAGUUUUCAUCGUUACACGUGAACGUGUUUUUUUCUUUGUUUUUUUUUUAUGUAUUACUGUAACGACUGUGCGCAAAGCGAACAGACAAAUUAAGAGGAAACCAAUAAGAGAACAAGACGCGAUAGAUCUAGCUAAUUGAAUGAAAAGUAGUAGCCUCUCUUCUCAUGAGCAUGCAUUUCCUGCAUUUAAGAUGAUCACUGACCGCUGCCUUGGCGUAUUUUAGUUACUACUUUUUAUACCCAAUCGUAUCCACUUGACGCGUUAUUAAUUGUUUGUUUUUUUUUCUUUUCAUCCCUGCGCUUCUCUUCGUUCGUUUGUAAGGGAGUCGCUGGUCGUCGACUUUCAGAGUUUCUUGUCUGUAAGAUUGACAAAAAAUUGUUGCGUUAUAUUUAAUGGAAUGACAGUUCGUCCGAGUAGUAGUAUUAGAGCGACAAUUUCUUUUGUAAAGAAAAGCGAGACUCUUGUGCUUGGUGACAAUCAAAUGAGAAAAAAAAAGUAUUAGUCGAUAACAAGCGGCUCUGAGACAAGCAUAAUGCAACUCUUAUAUUUAAACGCAUAAGGCGGAUGGAAAAAGGAAGUAGGGAAAGAAAGUUGAACCCCCCAGUAUUACGCGCUCGUUCGACGUUUACUAAACUCUCUAGGCCCCUUUUGUUUCUAUAAUGCGCGACAUUAUUAUUUUUUUGUAUGUCUCAUCAAUAUUAACUAAUGCUAUUACUUAGUAUUUAAUGAAUUCAAGAGAAAGAGAAUGAACGAUCGUACGAAUACUAUUACUUUAAUUUUUUUUAACGAGAAUACAUUGACUUAACGUGAAUUUCUUGUCUUAACGAGAUCGACGACGAAGCUCAUCUUGUGUACGAUCCUCUUCCUCGACAUCCGUUGUGUUUUUUUUUUCUCUCAACUAAUUCUAUUAAUAUUUUUUUUGUAAUGACUAUUAGAAACACUUUUAUUAUGAUUUUAUAGUAGUUCUGUAGUCAAAUAGUAGUAACAAAUUGUACAUCUUCACACGUAAGAGUUUAUAUAUUUUCUCCUACGCCUUAUUAAUUUGUCUGUUAUCUAGGAUUUUCCUCUCUUUGUUCGAUUUUGUGUUUUAUUUUUAGUUUUUCUCAUUUUUUUUCCGUUCAUGUUUCUCAAUGAUUUUUGUUUUUUUGCCCAAAGUAGUAGAUAUACUAAAGUAAUAAUUAAAAACGAAAUGAAAUGACGACCAAUGUCUGUCACUUGCAUCUAGGCAAAAGUGGUCCCUUUUAGUUGUUCGAAAUUAUCUCACGCUCGCGCGUGCGCACACAAGUAUUAACUACACGACAGUAAGAUUCCUUUUCUUAGUUUUUUUUACUUAUCGUACGAUUACUAUCACUAUUGUUGGAUGAAUCACGCGGUGACUUGCACGCGCAUGUGUUUUUUUUUCCUUUUAUUAACACCGCUAAUUAUUUACUUACUCGUAACUACUUACUCAUUUAUCCACACACCAACUACUACAGCCCGUAUGGUUUUUCUUGUAACUAAGAACUGAAGCGUCACUGCCCGCAGCCCUCCGAACUCGCGGGACUCGUUCGACAAAGUAUCUCUCUUUUUCGUCGGCUCGCUCGAUCGACGCGUUUACCAUGUACUUAUCCGCGCACACAGUUGGCGAAUUCUUUUCUUGGACUUACAAACGCGUGCGCGCAUACGCUCUCGAUCGAGCCAGGCGAACAAAGUCGAGAAACUCGAGAGAGAGAAGAAUCCCGAACAAGUCCCGUCGUCUACACGAAAAUCAAAAAAGUAUUUGCUCGUAAGUUUAGGUCUAGAUCUCGCAGAGCUCUGAGCAUACAUUAUAACGAGACUUUUCCUUCUCUUUCCUUUUUUGUAUACAGUGGUAGAUAAGAUUUCGCCGAACUGAUUUAACUCUUUGUACUAUUAUUAUUUAACCAUCGCGUGUUUCAUAUACUGUAGAAAUAAUAGAAAAAACACAAAAACGUGGCGAGUGCACAAAAAAAUUUUCUCGAGAGCAGAACAAAUAGUGUAAUUGUCGUUGAGUAGUUAGUCGCGCAGUUUAUGGAUAUAACGAGGAAAUUUUGUAUUUUUUAUUGAUUAUGGUUAUACUUCUUGUAAAAGAGAACGGGUAAAAGAAGAAAAAAGAAAGAAUAGAAGCUCUUAUCUUCAAACACCGACCAAUCGAUUGUACGAUGGAUUUUCCGAUGUCGCGUUGUAAAGUCUCUUUCAUAUUUUUCCGUUCCGUAGAUAUACCUACAUAUACUUGAGAAUGUAGAAAGAAAGAAAAAUCAAACAAUUCAUUCCAGUCCUGCCGACUUCACGAACAAGCAUACAUACACAAAAAGCACACAUAUAUAAGGUAUAUUUUUUUACUUGUCUGUUUCUUCUCGAAACCCCUCGCGAAUCCCAAUUUUUGUUUACGUGUAUACUAUUUAGUUGAAUGCGCAUGUCUGUGUUAUGUUAUAAAUGAAAGUACAGAGAAGGGCGAGUUUCGAGAGAAUCACAUACGUAUUUAAAAUAAAAGAAAAUUUGCGAUAGAACAAGAUUUCGAUGAAAGUGCGACAGAGACAACGCGACACGUGUAAUUGAAAAAAAAGGGAAAAUGAACGCGAAACAGUACUGUCUCUCUUUUGUAUGGUUUGUUAUGUUAUUAUUUUAAUUGAUACAACCCAAUUGUUCUUAAUUUAAUUGUAAAGCGUAUUUUUGUUUGUUUUUUAGUUAUUUUUUUGUUGUAAAAUGCUUUUUAAUAAUAUUUUCAGUUCACAUUACUUCACCGACUGUGUUUUUAUUUGGUUUUCUCUGCCUUAUUACUUAUAUUUUGUAUUUCACUAUUUUUCUGCCUGCAUCCUCUUGUUUGCCUCACACCAUGUCCUUUAACCCUUUGAGUUCCUACAUAAUGGCUUGAUAAAAGAGAAACGAAACCAUCAUGUCUUUAAAGAAAGAAGCAAAUACUGAAUCUCGGCAGUCAACGAACGAAAAAAGCCACAUUCCACAGAGAACAGAAGCAGUUAUUGUGGCCUCUCGAGAUCGCGGCGCGAUGUGCAUACAAUAAAAUGAUGACGAUGAGAUUGAGAAAACAUCCUUCGUCCUAUUAGCGAGAGCGAAAUAAGAAAAGAGAAAAAGGUAAAAACAUCGCAUCUACACA